AUGGAUGACAGCAACUCGUUUGGGCAGAAUGUCACCACCGAAACCCACAGCGCCCGACAGUCCAGACAAGGCCCCGUUGUGGAGCGACUUUCAAGGUAUGGCGCGCCGCCUAUGCCCGGGGCUCUGCACCGGAGGUCUCGGCUACUGCAGAGACGCCAAGACGACCCAGACGCAGACACUACCGCACCUGCCCAGCGGAAGAAAUCCACGAAAGAGUUGUUCCAAGGCGGGUCGCUGUGGGCUCUCUACCCGAUGGAGCACGCGUGGAUGCUGUCAGCCGCGGAUGGCAACUGCGAUACCCUGCUGGAAUUCGUGUCCGAGGAGCCGCAGCUGCUCACCAGGCGGGACUUUAUCAGCGGCUACUCGGUGCUGCACUGGCUCGCCAAGAGCGGACGAGAUGAGACGCUUCUCAAGCUGCUUCACCGGGCUGAAAAGGCCGGAGGGCAUCCGGUGAGCGUGAACGUGCGGGGCAGCGGCGGCCUCACCCCUCUGCACGUCGCCAGCAUGCACGGACAUUACGCGGUCGUUAAGCUUCUGGUGGGCGCCUUCGGGGCAGACGUGGACGUCAUGGACUACAGCGGCAGGCGAGCCUGGCAGUACCUGAGGCCGGACGCCCCUCGGGAGAUGAAGGAGCUGCUCGGAACAUGGGACGACGAGCACGCUCGCGUGGGAGAACCCAACUCUAAUAAGAACUGCAACAACAGCAGCGGCGAAGUGACGGAGACUCCGGUGGAGGAAACUGAGACUUUGGCGGGCGAUGUGGACUCGCUUGACCGGAGCUGGAGACGCGGUAGCUGGGGGCUCGGCUCCCUGCGAAGGUUCUUUUCGUUUCGUGCCAAUAGACGCUGA